GGCCGCGGGCGGUGCUUUAUCAGCUGCCAGGGCCGGCGGCGGCCGCCCGUCCCCCGUCCCUCCCUUCAUCCAUCCCAUCCCUCCAUCCCAUCCCUCCAUCCUUCCAUCGCUCCGCCGCGCCGCGCAGCAUGGCCGGGCUGGGCGGCGGCCCUGCCGCCUUCGGGCGCUGCACGCACGCCGUGGUGCGGGCGCUGCCCGAGUCGCUGUGCCGGCAGGCGCUGCGCAGCACGGCGGGCCCCGAGGUGGACUUCGCCCGCGCGGAGCGGGAGCACCAGCUGUACGUGGGCGUGCUGCGGGGCAAGCUGGGGCUGCAGGUGCUGGAGCUGCCGGCCGACGAGAGCCUCCCCGACUGCGUCUUCGUGGAGGACGCGGCCGUGGUCUGCGAGGAGACGGCGCUCCUCACCCGCCCGGGCGCGCCCAGCCGCAGGAAGGAGGUUGAAGCUGUGAAGAGAGUACUAGAAAGUCUCAACCUCAAUAUAGUAGAGAUGGUAGACGAAAACGCAACGUUGGAUGGUGGAGAUGUCUUAUUUACAGGAAGAGAAUUUUUUGUGGGUCUUUCCAGGCGGACAAAUCAACGUGGUGCAGAAAUUCUGGCUGACACGUUUAAGGAUUAUGCGGUCUCCACAGUCCCUGUUCAUGAUUCUUUGCAUCUGAAGAGCUUUUGCAGCAUGGCUGGACCAAACUUGAUUGCUAUUGGAUCAAGUGAAGCUGCACAGAAAGCCCUCAAGACCAUGCAACAGAUGAGCGACCACCGCUACGACAAGCUGACGGUGCCCGAUGAUGCCGCAGCAAACUGCAUCUACUUAAACAUUCCCAGCAAAGGCCAUGUCCUGCUGCACCGAGCUCCUGAGGAGUACCCGGAGAGUGCAAAGGUAUUUGAAAAACUGAAGGACCACAUGCUGAUCCCAAUAGCCAACACAGAACUCGAGAAAGUAGAUGGGUCACUCACCUGUUGCUCUGUGCUUAUUAACAAAACUUCAGAAUUAUGAGUUUACAGAGUUCCUCCCUUGUAACUGGCAAUAAUGUUACACACAAGGUAGAUGAAUCUGUAUCCACACUUUUAUUGUUUUUAUUGACAAUCUACUGUACCACUGUGCUACUAACCCUUGUUUACAAAUUUUUUGCUUUGUGUAUUUUUAUUAUGUCCUUGCAGAUGGUAUUUAAGGUGGAUGUAGAGUUUGCUGGGGGGCACAUAACUCUGAAGUAUGUUAGUCCCAUGGGCUAGCAGAAGACAAUUGUAAUGGCUAAUCCCUAGCUCUAGUGAUUUAACAUAUCUGUGAAAAUUUUACAAAAACCCAACUAAUUCUCAACAUUUCAAGCACCUCUGUUGUCUAUACACUGUUCUCUUCUAUCUUUUUUCUCUUGAUUUCUUGCUCUGCAUCUUUUUUUCCUUCCUUAGUCUUCUUUACUUUCAGUGAUACAAGUUAUUGGGGUUGGGGACUGAAGAAAACUCAGUGGGCUCGUGAGCUUUGUAUCUUGUGUGGUAGGGAAGCUUUCUGUACGCCAGCUGGAGCAGUGGGCAAUGGACUGUGUUCACUGUCUCGGCCAGAUCACGCUGCUGCUGCUGGGUAGAGCUGUGACUGGAAUCAGCUUCAGACACCAGGUAGCAGCUUUGGAAAGCACUUCCUCCAACAGGAGUUUUCAAGGGCAAUAUCUGCCAGGGAGACUUGAAUGGCAGAAAAAGAGAGAGUAGUGCAGCCACACAAGGUACAUCCUGCACAUUCAGGUCCCAGUUUACUGCUAAUGCUGCGACAUACAAUUUGGUGAGAAUGGAAUAGGAGUUUUUAAACAGGCCAGGUCCCAGGGAGCACCUGGACCACAAAAAUGAAAGACUCAUAUGCUUUUGGAAAAGUUAAACCUACAAAAGUAACCUAAAAUAUGGGGGGGUUAAAAUCUCUUUGUUUACGUCUUACAUUUAUUUCCAUGUAUCCUUUCUGUUUUCUCCUCUUUUGGAGGCCAUUUACUAGCAAAAUUCAAAAGAAAAGGGUGAUAGAAGGAGUUGAAGGACAGCUAUUCCUGGAUUAUGCUCAUGAAUAAGGGAAGCUAUUUUUUCCUGAAAGAUUGGCAUUUGUAUUUUCUCUGCCCUUGGGGCAGUUUUCCUUGGAACAAUAACAAUCUUUUUUUUUUUUUUUUUUUAAUUGCAUAAGUAUUUGCUGUGGUAUUCAGUUAAAACAAGUAUAAUUUUUGUAACAAAUUCCACAACAUGUUUACCCACUGAGUCAUACUUUUUUUCACCACAGUAAAGUAAAGCAUACACCAUUGUAUUCACAUGCUGCUUUUUAAAUCAUUUGUAAACUAAGGAUGGAGAAAUUCCCAAACAGAGGCAGUAGUGGGAACUCUCCAGAGACUGACAAAUAGUCUGAACAUGUUACCAACUUCCUAGACAUCUCCUCCACCUUUCCUGAACCACUUGUGGCAUGUAGUUAAGGUACAGUAGGAAGCGAGCAGGGGAGCUCAGGCAUUGUGGUCUGCAGGAAAACAAACAGUAUUAACUGAGCGCACGCUUGGAUAUCCUUUGGAAACCUGUGUGCUUUUUUGUGCAGUCAUACAGGAGGAAACAUAGGUACUCAUAUCCGUUGGUACUCCUCAGCGUCUCUUUCACUUCAUCUCAGUGUCUAAUGAGGAGGAAACCUCCUGGCAGCUUCCAGAAUACAUCUGAUGCUUUGUGGGCAUGCUGUAUGUUGUGAUGACACAAGGUAUCAUGAGGGAGAGACCAAUGAUGAGCAACUAUAAUGUAUGUGAAAAGAGAGCAUGUCCCAAAGGAAGUCUUUAGCCAGCCAAACAGUGAGUACAAGUACUGUUUUUAUGGCUCUGUGCUGUCCCAAAGGGUUUUCCUAAUGUUUCCCCUUUGACUCCUCCAUUCCCAUGCACCAUCAUUAAAGCCUGACCCAGGCUCUAAGGAUGCAAACAUUGCAGUGGGGAAUCUCUUAUUCUACCUUCCCUCGGUGCUUUUUAAAUAUCUGAUAAAGCAUCUUGCAUUUUAAAAUGACUACAUUAAAUAAAGAUUUUGUGCCAAAAAGUGACCCUGCGGUAUUUAACUGUGACAUUCUGGAGGCAAGCACUACUCUCUUAAAAACCUCUGCAGCCAUGGGAGCUGUAGAAAGCCAGAGCAGAAUCCCCCCAACCUGUCCAUGCACCUUCUGGUGCCUGGCCCCCACUCAUGUCCUUCAGUCCCUCUUCCCUCCUCUCACUAGGGAGCCAGAGCAUCCAGCUACACCGGGACAGUGGUAGACUCUGGGAUAUCCAUUCAAUUUAUCUCUCAAACACUGUGGGGGGUUUUCGGUGUGUUUUGUUUUUUUUUUUUUUUUUUUUUGCUUCUACCCUCUCUUCCCUUUCACCUGUCUGUGUCUCUUCCUCAGAUUCUCAUUUCUAGUUUAUGGCAUGAUGAGCACUUUUCUCUUUUAACUCCAAGUGAUGUUGCCUCGGUUCUCCUACUUAAGUCUUCUUUUUCUGUAAUCCUCCCUCUUUGCUGUUCACUCCGAAGUAUCCCAACCCAUGGUGGACUAUCCUAAACUCACUCCCUCAUUGAGUAUGUGCCAGGAGCAGGAAGAAGCUGAGGGGUACAGUUUGGCUCUGAGCAAUGACUUCUGAGCUGGAAGGAUGACUGUUAACCGGAGCUAUAGAUCCAGAGAGUGGCAAGGGUGACUCCUCUUCUUUAGGAUUACUCCAGAAAAGGGAAACAGUUGUGGUGGAAAUUGUUGUAUCUUGUGUCCCUGAAAGCAAUAGAAUAGGUAACCAUGAAUUCCCCAGGCUCCCCAAGGUGGGGGGGAAGGGGGGGGCGGGGGUGGAGACAGGGUCUUAGAGCUGAGAAUCAUCUGUGUUGACAGAGGGGUUGGUUUUUCACCUAUUGCUAUUUAGAUUUCCUUGGCUCCAGGGUUGGUAUACAGAAAGAGCUAGGGUGUGGCUGAGGGACCCGAAUUCCCUCAGGUGAUGAUUUCAAGUUGCAUCCAAACUGUCUAACUUCAGGCACGGAAUUUAGGUGCUCUAAAUCACACCUGCUUUCUCUCUGUUGUUCUCAGUAGGUUUCAUAGCCUCCUAACACAGAUGCUCUAAAUUACAUCUUAGCCUGAUGUCAGAAGUUACCUAAGCUGGUUAGUGGAAAUGCCCUCACCCCUCUGCUUUUAGCAUUAUUCUUUAUUCUGGCAUUAUAAAGCAAAAACACUAAAAGCACUUCGGUUUGUGCAUUUGCAGUAUGGUACUAAAAAAUAAAAUCACGCCAAAUGCUUCUUGUUCUUGCUGUUUGCUAUUUUUUCUGUUGCCCAAAUGAAGAAUUCGGUUGUGAGGACAUUUCUGCUGUGAUACAUAUGCAUUUAAUGGGCAUCCUGUACAUCUUGUCACCAGAACAUUUCUCAAAUGCCUGAUAUAAAUCAUCAUCCUUGAUUAAUAUAAACAAUAAAAUAAAAUCCUAAACCAAAAAAGGAGAUGAGACACUGAACACUAAUAACUGCCCACAUAAAUACUUGGUAACAACUGUCAAGCUCUAUGACACAGCAGGCCAGUGCAGAAGUUCUCGUGGUUAAUAGCUCAGCCAUGGGGCUUGAAUUACUCAUGAAAGGUUUUUGUUUUGUUUUGUUUUUUUCCUUUGAGAAAUCAGUUUAGCUCAGUUCAAAUGAAAGAGCUACACUAUGCAUUACAGAUCUUUCAUGAUGUUAUCUUUGCUAAGAGUUUAGGGAGAGCUGUGAUAUGUGGGUUUCUUUCUUCACCAGAAUGUGAAUACAGUGUCUCUCUCUGCAAUGAAAAUGUGAACGCAUACUGUACCUUUGAAGAUAAACUUGAAUUCUUCCAUUUCUGCAUUUUUUGUCUUUUCCAUGCCUUUUCAGUCUUCAAUAGAUACCACUAAAUGAAGCUGUGCUCUGAUUUUUGUUGUUUUGGUGAUUUCCAUGUGAUAUAGGUACAGAGCUCAUAGAAAACACUACAUCCAAUUUUAAAAACAAAAAAGUCAGUGCACAGAAUGCUGCUUGUUGACAGAAAACUGGGGAUGAAAUAUGGGGAAAAAAUGAGCUUUUGAUUUUGAUUCAGCUUCUUAUAUAUUAUAUCAAUGAAGUCAGAGCCAAAUUACUUUGAUAGAAAACAUCAACAUUCACAUGGAAGUAUUUGGGAAAAAUAAUUUACUAUUUAAGAUUCUCUGGUUUUGCUUUUAUCAGUAAGGAAGCUGAAAAGAUAAAGACUGUUUAAAGAAUGGUAUUUGUUAAGUGAUUGUGAACAACAUAUCAUUGGACCUCACAUGUAUUUUCAGAAGAGUUUUAACUGGAUGUACGAUGUAACUUGUAUAGAGUUGCAUGUGAAUCGUGUUAGUCACUGUUUUACAUUGUAUUGUUCUGCAGUGCACAAAUAUGACUACUGAACACAGAAGUGUUACAUUUCAUUAAACUUAAAAUCUUGUUGCAGUAUCUAGUUCCCAGUUUUUGUGCCAAAAACAUCAAUACAUUCCAUAAUCUGUUCUAAUAGAGGCUUGCACUUUGAUUAUUUUCUUUUUUUGUGACUCUUGCAGUUUCAAUGCUAUAUAUCCCCAUCACGAAGGAAUAAAGUGUCAGUUGUACUGUG